AUCCGAUCGCCGGCGAUCGGAGAUGCUCAUCGGCGGUGGUGGAGGAGAAGACGACAACGUCGGCGGAGGCCGCGGAGAGUGAGAGAAGAGGAGGAGGAUGAAGAAAGGCAAGGGGAGGAACAACGGCGGAGGCGGCGGCUUGUUGCCGAGCUCGCUGAGGAUCAUAUCGUCGUGCCUCAAGACUGUUUCGACGAAUGCCAGCACUGUCGCUUCUACUGUUCGUUCCGCCGGAGCGUCCGUCGCUGCUUCUAUUUCUGCUUCCGAGGAUCACAAGGAUCAGGUGACCUGGGCUGGAUUUGAUAGGCUAGAGCUUGGUCACUCGGCCUUCAAACGGGUUCUGUUGCUUGGUUAUCUGAAUGGAUUUCAAGUGUUUGAUGUCGAGGAUGCCUCUAACUACAGUGAACUGGUUUCAAAGCGUGAUGGCCCAGUUUCGUUCUUACAGAUGCAGCCCUAUCCUGCAGCUUCUGAUGAUAAGGAGGGAUUUAGAGCUUCUCAUCCUUUGUUGCUGGUGGUUGCUGGAGAUGACACCAAUGGUUCAGGCGUUGUUCAAAAUCACAGCAACUUGGGAGGCUUAGGAAGAGAUGGUCAUGUGGAGUCUCGGCCAGGAAACCCUGUCAGCUCUCCUACAGCUGUUCGGUUUUACUCGCUGAGGUCCCACAGUUAUGUGCAUGUUCUGAGAUUCCGGUCUGCUGUCUGUAUGAUUAGAUGCAGUCCUCGGAUAGUAGCUGUUGGUCUUGCAAGUCAAAUAUACUGCUUUGACGCCCUUACCCUCGAAAAUAAAUUCAGUGUUCUUACCUAUCCUGUUCCUCAGCUAGCAGGACAAGGAUCCUCUGGGUUUAACGUAGGUUAUGGCCCAAUGGCUGUGGGUCCUAGGUGGCUAGCUUAUGCUUCCAACAGCCCACUCAUGUCAAACACAAGUCGCUUAGGCCCCCAUAAUCUUUCUCAUUCUCCAGGAGUUAGUCCAUCUACAUCACCUGGGAAUGGUAGUUACGUGGCUCGUUAUGCAAUGGAAUCUAGCAAACAGUUGGCUACUGGAAUUAUCAACCUGAGUGACAUGGGAUGCAAAACCUUGUACAAAUACUGUCAAGAGCUUCUCCCUGAUGGGUCUAGUUCUCCAGUAUCAUCAAAUUCAGGCUGGAAAGUUAGCAGGCUUGCCGGAACAGAAAUGGAUAAUGCUGGGAUGGUUGUUGUCAAAGAUUUUGUUACCCGAGCUGUUAUAUCGCAGUUCAAGGCUCAUACUAGUCCAAUAUCUGCACUGUGUUUCGACCCCAGUGGGACCCUUCUUGUUACUGCCUCAAUAUAUGGAAAUAACAUUAAUAUUUUCCGGAUAAUGCCUUCAUGCAAACGCAAUGGAUCAGGCACUCAGAACAUGAAUUGGAACUCGUCUCAUGUGCAUCUGUACAAGCUGCAUCGUGGAAUAACAUCGGCUUUGAUCCAGGACAUUUGCUUUAGUCAUUAUUCUCAAUGGGUUGCAAUUGUUUCAUCCAAGGGGACCUGCCAUGUUUUUGUUCUAUCCCCUUUUGGUGGUGAUGCUGGAUUUCAAGUUCAACAUUCCCAGGGUGAAGAACCCACGCUAUAUCCAGUUUUAUCUCUUCCUUGGUGGUCUACUUCUUCUUGUAUCAUGACUCAACAAUCUUUUCCACCCCCACCACCUGUUACUCUUUCGGUUGUGAGCAGAAUAAAGUAUAGUAGUUUUGGGUGGCUUAGCACAGUCAACAAUGCUGCUGGUUCCACAACAGGAAAGGUAUUUGUACCAUCUGGUGCUGUUGCGGCUGUUUUUCAUAAUUCCCUUUCUCAGAGUGUUCAGCACAGUAACUCAAGGGCCAGUACCUUGGAGUAUCUAUUAGUUUAUACUCCAUCAGGUCAUGUAGUUCAACAUGAACUUCAGCCAAGAGUCGGGGUAGAACAAAGUCAUAGCGGUUUGAAUACCCAGACAGCUACAUACAGGCACAUGCAGGAGGAGGACCUGAGAGUGAAAGUUGAACCUAUACAAUGGUGGGAUGUGUGCAGGCGUUCAGAUUGGCCAGAAAGGGAGGACUGUAUUUUAGGAAUCAACCCUGAUGGUGAUGUCGCGGGAACAAUUCAGAGUAAAUCAGGUUGUGAUGGUACUUACGCAAUGGAGUUUCUUGACUUAAAUGGUGGUGUUGAGGGGAAAAGGAACCUGGAAACUCAUUGGUCCAGGAACAUCUCUAAUGCAGAGGUGCAAAUAAGUUCUUUCAGAUUACCAAUAUGGCAAAAGUCUAAGAUCUGCUUUUACACAAUGGAGUGUCAAAGAGGUGAUAGUUUUCCUGGUGGAGAGUUUGAAGUUGAGAAAGUCCCUAUUCAUGAAAUCGAAAUGAGGCAGAAGGAAUUGUUACCUGUUUUUCACCAAUUUCAUAGCAUCAAAUCAAGCUGGAAUGAUAGAGUCGUAGUUGGAAAAUAUUCAAAUAAUUCUUCAUCAGAAUCUCAUCAAGCUGAAGGCAAGAUCUCAGAACAGACUGUUAUUUGUCACUCAAACCCUGCAUCGCUUAGCUCCACAGAAAGCUCAGAAGGGGGUUCAUCAAGAAGAAUUGAGCAUUCGCUAGAUUUUGAUCAGCUGAACAAUGAUCUGCCCCGAUCUCCCAUGCUUCAGACUUUAAAUUGCCCAGAAAGAAGAGCAAAUGCUAUUCUGGAGUCUUCAUUUCAAAACCAUUCAUUUCUUGGCACCCUCUGUGCUCCAUCUGAACAUUUUAAAAACAUCGGUUCUCAAGUCACUGUAUUAGAAAGUAAGCUUCUCCCAGUUGGAAGAUUCUAUGCCGAAGAAGGCCUAUCAGUGAAAACAAUUGGGAUGAGUGAGGGCUUGGAUUUAUACACGGAUCAACAUGCUUCGAGUACUGUAGUUGUGACAGAGGGGGAUUCCAAUCUGCAACGUCCAAUAGAUCUCUCGCAGUUUUUCCAGGAGGGGCAUUGUAUGGCAUUGGAGCAGAAUGGAUGCCUAUCUGAAGUCAUAACCGAUGAUAGCGAUGGUAGCCAAUGCGAUAAGGGAAAACCUGACGACGAAGAAAAUGGCGAAAUGCUUGGAGGCAUGUUUGCCUUUUCUGAUGAAGGUAAAAACCUAGAACUGUUUUUCCAGUUAUAUCUAUGAUUCCUCCACAGUAGUUGCACCUUAUUGUUCUUUUCAUCUUGCAGGUUGAUCGAUAGAUUCAAGAUGCAAUUGUACAUAAUGUAUAUAAAUAUCGGAAAAAGGAAAAAAGAAAUGUUAUGAUUCGCGGUAGCUGCGGGUAAGUUGAAAAGUGUGUACAGGAGUGGAUUUGGAACUGCUAUUUCCCCGUUUUGAACUUUUCAAUCAAUCCUUUUGGUACUAUACAGCAGAUAAAUUUGGUGUGAAAUCAGUUAUCUCCAAGUUGGAUAACAUUACUUUUACUCUUCUGAUAUG